UCUGUAUUUCUCAUUAUUGCUUUUCCUUUGAAGACUUCACUCCAAUUCCUUUAAUGGAGAUAGCUGCUGCUGCUUCUUCUUCUUCUUCAUCUUCAUCGUCAUCCUUCUUAAACUCAGAACCGUAUUUCAUCUACGAUGUGUUCAUCAGCCAUUCGGGAGAAGAAAUAAGUAGAAAUUUCGUUUCUCAUCUCCAUAAUGUCCUUUUGCAAGCUCAAGUCCAAACUUUGGUUGAUGAGGGGAAUCUGCAGGAGGGAAUGAACCUGGAAGAACACAUGCGAGCAAUAUCAGAAUCUAAGAUCAUAAUAAUCGUUUUCUCCAAAACAUACAUCGAAUCUACUUGCAGUUUUCUAGAGUUCGAAAAAAUCAUUGAGUGCCACAAAACUUUCGGCCAAAUAGUUUUGCCCGUAUUUUACCAGAUUGACCCAUUCGAGGUAUGUAACGAAGGUUAUUUUGGAAAAGCUUUAGAAGCAGAUGCACAGAAAAGUUAUUCAGAAGAACAACUGGAGCAUUCAUUGUCCUGGUGGGUCUGUGCACUCACCAUUGCUGCAGGUAUCAAUGGUUGGAAUGUCAGAGAUUUCAGGUAUGAUGCUGAACUUGUGGAACUAAUUGCUAGCCGCGUUCAGACAUUGUUGGAUUAUAAAGAGUUGUUUAUUACCAGAUUUCCUGUUGGAUUAGACUCCCAUGUGAAAAAGGUGAUUGGAUGUAUUGAAAAUCAUUCCACCAAAGUCUGUAUGAUAGGGAUUUGGGGAAUGGGAGGGUCAGGGAAAACAACCAUAGCCAAAGCCAUCUACAAUCGAAUUUAUCGUGAAUUCAUUGGUAAGAGUUUUAUUGAAAAUAUUAGAGAAGCUUGUUCUAGUAGAGGCGUUCAUCGUUUGCAAGAAAAUCUUCUUUAUGAUGUCCUAAAAUCCAAGUUUAAGGUGGAAAGUGUUGGGUUGGGAAGAACUAUGAUUGAGAAUGAACUUUCUCGAAAAAAGUUACUCAUUGUGCUUGAUGAUGUGAAUGAAUUUAUUCAAUUACAAUACCUAUGUGGGAAUUGUGAAUGGGUUGGUCAAGGAAGUGUAAUAAUUAUUACAACCAGAGAUGUACACCUACUAAACCUACUCGAAGUUACCUAUGUUUUUAAAAUGGAUGAUAUGAACGAAAAUGAGUCUCUUGAACUUUUUAGUUGGCAUGCCUUUGGAGAAGCAAAACUAAGAAAAGAGUUGAAUGAACUUGCAAAAAACAUAGUUGCUUAUUGUGGAGGACUACCACUGGCUCUUGAGGUUCUUGGUUCCUAUUUAUGUGAUAGGACAAAGGAACAGUGGAAAAGUGUAUUUUCAAAACUAAAAAUAAUUCCCAAUUAUGAAGUUCUACACAAUUUGCGUGCUAGUUUUGACGGUUUACAUGAUGAUACGGAAAAGGAAAUAUUUCUUGAUGUAUGUUGUUUUUUUAUUGGUAAAGAGAGAGGCUAUGUCACUCAGAUACUAAAUGGUUGUGGACUACAUGCUGAUAUUGGAAUACGAGUUCUCAUAGAACGUGAUCUAAUUAAAGUUGAAAAGAACAACAAACUAGAAAUGCAUCCUUUGUUACGAGAUAUGGGAAGAGAAAUUAUUCGUCAAAGAUGGCCAGUGGAACUGGAGAACAGGAGUCGAUUAUGGUUUCAUGAUGAUGUAAAAGAAGUACUGACAAACAAUACUGGGACAGAAGCUAUUGAAGGAUUAUCCCUGAAGCUGCAGUUAAAUAGCAGAGAUUGCUUUGAAGCUCAUGCUUUCGAGAAAAUGGAGAGAUUAAAACUGCUACAACUGGAUCAUGUACAACUUACUGGAGAUUACGGGUACCUUUCUAAACAACUGAGAUGGAUUUGUUGGAAAGGGUUUCCUUCUAAAUACAUUCAAAACAACUUUCACAUGGAAAAUGUAAUUGCAAUUGAAUUAAAACAUAGUCAUCUUCAACUUGUCUGGAAACAAUCCCAGGUCUUAAAGUGGUUAAAAUUUCUUAAUCUUAGUCACUCCAAGUACUUGAGAGAAACACCUGACUUUUCUGGAUUACCAAGUCUAGAAAAACUCAUUCUAAAAGAUUGCCCAAGUUUGUGCAAGGUACACCAAUCCAUUGGAGAUCUCUGCAAUCUACUACUGAUAAAUUUGAAGGACUGCACAAGUCUAAGUAGUCUCCCCAGAGAGGUAUAUAAAUUGAAAUCUUUAAGAACUUUCAUCCUCUCUGGUUGUUUCAAGAUUCAUAUAAUGGAAGAAGAUAUAGUGCAGAUGGAGUCCUUGAUAACUCUAGUUACUGAAAAUACAGCUGUGAAACAAGUGCCCUGUUCAAUUGUAAGGUCAAAAAGCAUUGGAUAUAUAUCGCUACGUCGAUUUGAAGGAUUGUCGAAUAGUAUUUUUCCUUCUAUCAUUCAGUAUUGGAUAUCACCAACAAUGAAUCCCGAAUCUUAUAUUCGUCCAUUUUGCAUGGAUAUAGAGAAUUAUUAUUGGCGUGACCUUCCACCAUUGCAUAAAAGCCUUGCAAAUAUUCGAAGUGUUUUGGUUCAAUGUGAUGCAGAUUUUCAACUAUCUAAGCAAGUAAAAACAAUUCUUGUUGAAUAUGGAGUAAAUUUUACAGAAUCAAGAUUGUCAAAUCGUGGCUUGAGGUUUUCUUUGAUUGGUGUUGGAAGGUACAAUGAAUUCUUCAGCACUCUCAGAGACAGCGUUUCUGAGGGAUUGGCAUGCAGUGAGUCUUGUGAAGUUUCUCUUCCAGGUGACAAUCAUCCAUAUUGGUUGUCUCAUGUGGGUGAGGGACAUUCAGUUUGUUUCAAUCUACCUCUGGAUUGUGACAUGAAGGGAAUGAUUUUGUGUGUUGUUUAUUUAUCAACCCCUGAAAUCGUGGCAGCUGAAUGUCUUAGAAGUGUCUUAAUUGUUAAUUACACAAAGUGCACAUUCCAGAUACACAACCAUGACACACUAAUUCCCUUUAAUGAUAUAGAUUGGCAGGUUAUAAUAUCAAAUUUAGGAUGUGGAGACAGAGUGGAGAUUUUUUUGACUUUUGGUCAUGGAUUGAUGGUCAAGAACACAGCUGUUUAUCUUAUAUGUGGCCAAUCAAAUGACUUGGAAAUGGAGUCUUGUCCUGAGCCAAAUGAAAAUACCUUAAAUAAUUUCAUUAAGAAAAUGGUGAUGUGUGACUUCUGGUAAGUUGAUGUUCCUUUUUGAGAACAGAACAGGAUCCAUUGAGUUAUGGAAUUCAAUCCUAGUGUCGUUGUUUA